AUGUCUGCGCAACUUUUUAAUAUGGUCGCCAAGCGCGCCCUCAAAGACGCGGCGAAGAAAAACAUCAACUCCAAGGACCCUUACUUUGAAGAAGUCGCCAUCUACGGCCGCGAUGGUCGGCCCACGGGCCGCGUCAAGAAACAGAAGAAGGGCAUCCCAGCCAUCCUUUCGCGCAACGACGGCAAGGUGCUGAAGAGGGUGCGCAGACAGGCCUACCGCCUGGACAUGUCGCUCUUCAACUGCUGCGGUAUUCGCUUUGGCUGGGGCAGUGUCAUUGGCUUCAUUCCUGUGGUUGGCGAUGUCAUUGACCUUUUACUGGCAUACUCUGUCGUUACAUCCUGCGCCAAAAUCGACGGCGGCCUGCCUCCCGCGCUCCAAGCCCGCAUGUACUUUAACAUUAUGCUCGACUUUGGCAUCGGGCUCGUCCCCUUUGUCGGCGACGUCGCCGACGCCAUGUUUCGCGCCAACACCCGCAACGCCUGGGUUCUCGAGGAAUACCUGAUCAAGAAAGCAGAGACAGAACAGAGGCUCCGCCAAGAAAAGGCGCAAAGGGACAAUCAGAACAACCAGCAGCAGCGCCUCGGCGACGGCCGGCCUCUCCCAAACCCUGGUCCUGCUGCUGGUGACGGUGCCGGUGCGGACCCCGAGCGGCCUGCUCCCAAGAAGAGCUUCUGGUCAUCGUGGGGCCGCUCGGCGCCACAAGACGUGCAGACCGACCAAGAGAUGGCCGUCGUCGAAGGUGCGCAGGGUAGACAGCCGAGCGAUCUGGCGUAUGACGGCCGAGCGUAG